AUGUCCUCUGCUAACACUAUCACCACCGCCAACAAGGCCUUCAGUGAUGCCGCCGCUAAGAUUGAUCGCCUUCUGGGGCAAGCUUGCCAGUUGGCUGCCAGAGAUCCUCAACAUCUUGUCAUAGCCAUGGAGAUGGGCAAGGUUUUGACAUAUGCAAUGAUGUCUCACGGCGGGAGCAUAACUGUCCUCUUGCCGUUGAUUUUGUUGGCUGCUGCAGAACUGCAGCAGCACAUGAACCCAUCUAGGACUGGUCUAACUGGCACGCCCACAUGGGCUAAUAUUCGAGGUGACGAUAUACGUAUUCAAACUCACCCCCUCUUUCCCUCCACUCGCAAUUACCAGCGGACCCCAUCGCCAUUGCCUCCAAGCCAGGGCCCAUCUCAGCCCAGGAAGCGGCCUGUGGUAGAGGAACCCAAACAAUGCAGGCAAGGCACUGAGCACAGGAAACGUCUCCGUGCAUCAAGUGCCCAGAGCCGCAGCCACCCGGCGCUGUCUAAACGGCAGCGGCAGAAGUCCAAGGCCGUCGUUAGCACUGAUGAUGAACUUGAUGAAGACGAACUGGUCACUCCGGUUAUUCCAACCGCCACUAAGAAACGCCCUGCAUAUGUAGAAAUCGACACCGACCAAGACAUGGAGGAGGAAGUUGAUGAAGAAGAUCCUGUAGAGCCGCCGAGGAAGAUUGCGGUCGCUGAUGUUGCAUUGCCGAUUACCGCAGAUCAUGAGUUGAUGGAUGAUGAGUUCGCUGAUUUGACAGCAGAAGUGUGGACCCCCCGUUGCGGCCAAUGUGUCGCACGGGACCUCAUUUGCCACCAGGCGUACCAUAAGGACCAUGGCGGAAAGUUGCGCGUCUGCGGGCUUUGCAGCCGCUUGAAAAUUAGGUGCGGAGGCAAGGGAUCGGACACGCCAAAAAUGAAAGGCAAGUCCAUAGUGGCGCAGCGAGCUCACUCGCAGUCUCGGCGCCGUCGUUUGCUGGCAGCUGCAACAGCUGCACAUGCUCUAAUGGAUGUUCCUGCCGCCAGUGAGGUUCAGGAGGAGCAGCCCGGGCUUCCGCACUCCGAGGUUCGACCUGAGCCAGGACUCACUAGCAUCCCCAAUCAGGAGAUACAGAAUCUUCAGGAUGAAGUUGCCAGCCUUCGGGCGACCAUUGAAGCCUUGCAACAGCAAGUCAUCAAUGGUGACUGGCAACUUCAGGAGACAUUGGCUGCACAGGACGACCAUGCCAAGCUGCUGGCAGAUAAGUUAGAACCGGGUGCUGAACCCUCUUUGGCGCCCACUGAUGACACCUCCAUCCCGCUUGGUCCCCAAGCUGCCAGUCCCCCCACAGAGGCCGAUGUUGAACUGGCUGCUGGUCCGGCCACUCCCCAAGCUGAGGCGGCUUGUUUGCCUGUGGUCAUGAAGGCUGAUGAGACUGUUAUGCUCAUCCCUCUAUUCACGGUAACGAUUGGGCCCAUCACCUACAUGGGGCUCUCAUAUGGGCCCCUCCGUGCAUUGCCAUACAUAGCCUGGGCCCAUCUCGCCCUCCAGCAGAUACACCGGGCUCGCCCUGCUAUUCUGUAUUUCCUGAGUAGGCCCGCAUCCCUUAGUUCAAACCUUCAGGCAGGCCCAUUCACUGCCCAGAUCAUAAUCUGGGCCCACCCUACUGCGUGCACACCGACAGCGGGCCCAUUCCUUUACAGGAAUGAUCCGGCCGAGCAUGCAAAAUGUAUUCGCCAGCAUGUUAUUUGUGUUAUUCCCAUAUCCCGGCGGAUGCCUGCCAAUGAUUUGGUUGGCCGGCGAAAUUUGCAAUUUUUAUCCGCCGGUAUAUUCGAUGUUCGCCGACUGUGA